GAGAGUACGUUUGCGAUGCUCAAGCCGGAUGUCGCAUCAGACACCCACACAGUGGACGAGAUUAAGCAGCGGAUUGCCGAAGCGGGCCUCUCAAUCGAGCGCGAGAGGGUGUGCCGUCUGAGCAGGCGGCGGUGCGGCAAGUUCUACGCCGAGCAUCGUACACGCCCCUUCUACCCGGCGCUGCUCGGCUUCAUGUCGUCGGGUCCCGUCGUGAUGCUCGAGCUCUCCGGCGAGAGUGCUAUCGGCGCUUGGCGCUCGCUCAUCGGUCCGACCAGCACUGAAACCGCGCGCAAGGAGGCGCCGCGCUCGCUGCGGGCCAUGUACGGAUCGGACAACACGCGCAAUGCCGCCCACGGCUCCGACUCGCCUGCCUCGGCCGCCCGCGAGAUCCGGCUCAUGUUCCAAAAG